GCACAUGCGCAGUCGUGAGUUCUGCUGUCCUUGGGUGUCCAGCUUCCUCCCAUCUUGUGGCUGGGGUUCCUGGUUCCUUCUUUGAUUAACAACGUCUAUUAACCCUCGCACGUCUCUGGGCCAAUUUUUGCUUGUAAGUCUUUCGAAGCUACCUGGAAUUUAGAUCAUUCUGUUUUCCCGUCAUCAGCACCGCGCCCUUCGCCGAGAAACGUGUCCGAAGGUUUUGGGCGUUUAGGAGGCACCGUUCUCGCGAGAAGGUGAUUUUCUGUCUCGUAUUUCCGGGUUUCCAGAAUCCUUAGCGCGAGACGGAAAAAAUAUUUAUCCCACGUUGUGUUGAUGCUGCGGUGUUGACUGAGGCUUCGUCCCACGCGUUCUGUUUUUGCUUCUGGAAGGAAAAUGGCAGCUUCCGAGCAGCCGCUCGUAAUAUCAAGGGGAUGCACGAGCGCCUCGGUUUCCUCGCCUCGGGGCGACCGAACCCUUCUGGUGAGGCACCUGCCGGCUGAGCUGACCGCUGAGGAGAAAGAGGAUUUGCUGAAGUACUUCGGGGCGCAGUCGGUGCGCGUCCUGUCGGAUAAGGGGCGACUGAAACAUACAGCUUUUGCCACAUUCUCUAAUGAAAAAGCAGCUAUAAAGGCAUUGACAAGACUCCAUCAGCUGAAACUUUUAGGUCAUACUUUAGUCGUUGAAUUUGCAAAAGAGCAAGAUCAUGUUCACUCCCCAUGUCCCACUUCAGGCUCUGAAAAAAAAAAAAGGUCUGAUGACCCUGUUGAAGAUGAUAAAGAAAAGAAAGAACUGGGUUAUUUAACAGUAGAAAAUGGAAUUGCACCGAACCAUGGGUUGACUUUUCCUUUAAAUUCAUGCCUCAAGUAUAUGUACCCACCACCUUCCAGCACAAUCCUAGCAAACAUAGUAAAUGCUUUGGCAAGCGUGCCUAAGUUCUAUGUACAGGUCCUUCAUCUUAUGAAUAAAAUGAAUUUGCCCACACCUUUUGGACCAAUUACUGCGCGACCUCCCAUGUAUGAAGACUAUAUGCCACUGCAUGCACCUCUUCCACCCACAUCUCCCCAGCCACCUGAGGAACCUCCUUUGCCAGACGAGGAUGAAGAAUUAUCUAGCGCAGAAUCAGAAUAUGAAAGCAGUGAUGAUGAGGACCGACAGAGAAUGAACAAACUAAUGGAACUAGCAAAUCUUCAGCCCAAAAGACCCAAAACAAUAAAGCCACGCCAUGUAAGGAAAAAGAGAAAAAUAAAGGAUAUGUUGAAUAUACCUUUGUGUCCUUCACACAGUUUACAUCCAGUGCUGUUACCCUCAGAUGUAUUUGACCAACCACAACCUGUAGGUAAUAAAAGAAUUGCAUUCCAUAUAUCUACUGACAUGCCAGCUGCAUUUAAGAAAGAUUUAGAGAAGGAACAAAAUUGUGAGGAAAAAGAUCAUGAUAUACCUGCUACUGAAGUUGAUGCAUCCAAUAUAGGAUUCGGAAAAAUCUUCCCCAAACCUAAUUUGAACAUCACAGAGGAAAUUAAAGAAGACUCUGAUGAAAUGCCAUCAGAAUGUAUUUCUAGAAGAGAAUUGGAAAAGGGCAGAAUUUCUAGAGAAGAAAUGGAAACACUUUCAGUUUUCAGAAGUUAUGAACCUGGUGAACCAAACUGUAGAAUUUAUGUAAAGAAUUUAGCUAAACAUGUUCAAGAAAAGGACCUUAAAUAUAUUUUUGGAAGAUAUGUUGACUUUUCAUCAGAAACACAGCGGAUCAUGUUUGAUAUACGUUUGAUGAAAGAAGGUCGUAUGAAAGGACAGGCUUUCAUUGGACUUCCUAAUGAGAAAGCAGCAGCAAAAGCCUUAAAGGAAGCUAAUGGAUAUGUGCUUUUUGGAAAACCCAUGGUGGUUCAAUUUGCUCGAUCUGCUAGACCAAAGCAAGAUCCUAAGGAAGGAAAAAGAAAGUGUUAAAAAUUAAUAAAGAAGCAUUCCUGCGUAAAUACUGCUGUAAUACUGUCAUGCAAAGUGUAUCCUUUCUUGUCGUAUCCUUUUUGGGGCAGUGUUUUGUUUUUUUCCUAGAAAUGUUUAUCCUUCCCCCACCUGCUGAUCCAGGUUAAGCAGUAUUUUUUUUAUACUUUAUUCAAAUGAAGUAUUUCUAAAAUUAUUUGUAUAGAUUGAACAAAUCUUUUAUGCGUUUAUAGAUUUGCUGUUGAAUUUCCUUGCUGUCCUUUUAGGUUAUAAUUUUUUGAGGGAAAGUUAGUGAAUCAGGUCAACUUACUUAGAGAAUGUGUUCAUUUGCUUUAAACCAAAAUAUGGUCUUGUUUCUUCUAUUUAUUUUCUAAACCUAAUUCAAUAACAUAUGCUUUCUGUUUUAUAAUAUAUCUGGUUUAGGUAUUUAUAUGUUAUGGAAAUUUAAUUGGACAAAGGAAUUAUUUUUCUUUUAAAAAGUACUUAAUAUUGAAAAUUAAGAUGUCUGGAUUACUAUAUAAAUUCCAAAGAGUAUCAGACCUCUUAUCUGAAGUCUUUGCGAAUAUCUUUUGACAUAGAUAGCAAUAGAAGUAUCUUUCUUCUUUCCCCUUUUUUAAAACAGAAGAAAAUCGUAACAGAGGGGAAACUCAUAAUGCUGACUCAUGGUAGCACAUUAAGUGAAAAACAGUCUUGGCAGGUAUAUAGGAAUAGGAGUUUCCAGACUGGUCGUUGACCAGAAUCACCAAGAACAGUGGUUCUCAGUCUUGGCUGCAGGUUAAAGUGAUUUGGAAGUUGAAAGAAAUACUAAUUUAAAAAGGGCUCAGUGGCUCACACCUUUAAUCCCAACACUGUGGGAGUCUGAGAUGGGAGAAUCACUUGAGCCCAGGAGUUUGAGACAGUGGGCAAUGUAGGGAGGCCUUGUCCCUACAAAAAAUACAAAAAUUAGCGG